UCCACCCCCCGCUCCCCUCCGCCGCCGGCCGAGGGUGUGACCCGCGGGAACACCCACCCACCUCAGGCGUCCAUGGUGGGAGCUGUCCGCCCGCCGCGCCGCAGCCCCUCCGCGCCCGCUCCGCCGCGCACUCCCCAAAUCCCCUCUGUUUUUUUUUUCCUUCCCCUCCCGGAGCCGGUGCGCGCUCGCUGUCGGAUGGUUCGCUGGCAGCAGCCGGGGGCCGCGCCUCCUCCUGCCGCCGCCACCACCACCACCACCACCAUGUCGUAGAGAGUUAUGGAGACAAAAGGAUACCACAGCUACCCUGAAGGCAUAGAUAUGGAGAGACGGUGGGGUCAAGUUCCUCAGUCUGUGGAGUAUUCUUCCCUAGGUCCUGGAGAGCAGGCUGAUGCCAGUAACUAUAUGGAGAUUGUGAAUGUGAGCUGUGCUGCCGGCACCUUUGCGAACAGCAGCGCUCCAGGAAACAAGGAAAAACCUGAGCUUCUCUCCUGCCUGCAGCAGGACAGCAGCCAUCCCACUGUUCUGCCCUCUGACAUCAAAACUGAAACCGAGUCGAAAGAACUGUCAGCGACAGUGGCCGAAUCCAUGGGUUUGUAUAUGGAUUCGAUCCGAGACGCCGACUACCCGUAUGAUCAGCAGAACCAGGGAAGCCCGGGUAAGAUCUACCAGAACGUGGAGCAGCUGGUGAAGCUCUACAAGGAGAACGGCCACUGUUCCUCUCCCCUGCACAGCCCCAGCAGGCCCCUGCGGUCCCUGAUGGCGGACUCAGGAAGCGCCAUGAAUGGCGGUGCCAUGCAUGCUGUUGUCAAAAGCCCCAUUGUGUGUCAAGAGAAAAGUCCCUCAGGCUGCAGUCCUCAGAACAUGGCUUCCUCGGUGUGUAGUCCUGCUGGUGUUAACUCAGUGUCCUCAACUACUGCUAACUUUGGGAACUUUGCUAUGCACAGCCCCAUCGGGCAGGGAACUCCCUUGUCACGAUCACCCAACGUUGAGAGCCGGGGGUCCAUGUUGCACAGCCCCGCUCACAUUAGCAACGUAGGGUCUCCACUUUCUAGCCUUAUAAGUAGCAUGAAAUCACCAAUUUCUAGUCCUCCUAGUCACUGCAGCGUGAAAUCUCCCGUCUCCAGUCCUAACAAUAUCACUAUGCGGUCUUCUGUCUCCAGCCCUGCAAACCUGAACUCAAGAAGCUCUAUUGCCAGCCCUUCCAAUGCCAACAACAGGUCCACUCGCUCCAGCCCAGCGGUUAGCACUGUGGGGGGAUCUUCGAUCUGUAGCCCCGUCAACAGCUCGCUAGGAUUCCCUGCUUCCAGCACGCCGGCUGGACCUAGCAGAAGCCAAGAUACUGUUCCCAGUCCAGAAACGAAAGACAAGGGUGCUCAAGAAAUCCCAUUUCCCAAAAUGGAGGAAAUGGAGAAUGCCAUCUCAAACAACAGCCAGAUGAACCUCGUUCAGUUCAUAAAGCCCGAACCAGACGGUUCAUUCGGUAGUGCGUGCAUUGGUGAAAACAGUAAAAUAAGUUCUGAUUGCCCCUUUUCGGUACCGGUGAAGCAAGAGUCAGCUAAACAUCCUUGUUCCGGUGCCUCUUUUAAAGGGAAUCAAACAGUAAAUCCUUUUCCAUUUACAGAUGGCUCAUAUUUUUCUUUCAUGGAUGACAAAGACUACUACUCUCUUUCUGGGAUUUUAGGACCACCUGUUUCUUCCUUUGAUAGCAGUUGUGAAGGUAGCGGUUUUCCAAAUCCAGGCCUCCCUGUGGGGAUUAAGCAGGAGCCUGAUGAUGGCAGCUAUUACCAAGACAGUAGCAUACCAUCCUCUGCCAUUGUUGGUGUAAAUUCAGGUGGACAGUCAUUUCACUACAGGAUCGGUGCCCAGGGCACGAUAUCUCUGUCACGGCCCGUUGCUAGAGAGCAAGCAUUUCAGCACUUGAGCUCCUUCCCUCCCGUCAGCACGCUAGUGGAGACCUGGAAAUCACAUUCGGAGCUGGCGUCCAGAAGAAGUGAUGGGUAUCCAGUUCUAGAGUACAUUCCAGAAAACGUGUCCAGCUCUUCAUUGAGAAGUGUAUCAUCUGGUUCUUCGAGGCCUUCCAAAGUGUGUUUGGUAUGUGGAGAUGAGGCAUCUGGAUGUCAUUACGGGGUAGUUACAUGCGGCAGCUGUAAAGUUUUCUUCAAGAGAGCAGUAGAAGGACAGCAUAAUUAUCUGUGUGCGGGAAGGAAUGACUGCAUAAUUGAUAAGAUUCGGAGGAAGAACUGCCCAGCCUGUCGAUUACAGAAAUGUCUGCAAGCUGGAAUGAAUCUAGGAGCCCGGAAGUCCAAAAAACUGGGCAAGUUGAAAGGGAUGCAUGAGGAACAGCCACAGCAGCGGCAGCAGCCACCACCCCAAAGCCCUGAGGAAGGGACGACGUACAUUGCUCCAGUAACUGAGCCCCCUGUAAACACAGCACUUGUCCCCCACAUGUCUGCCAUCUCACCAGCACUUACUCCCUCUCCUGUUAAGAUCCUUGAAAGCAUUGAACCAGAGAUCGUGUAUGCAGGAUACGACAGCUCAAAACCAGACACAGCCGAGUACCUGCUUUCCACCUUAAACCGCCUGGCCGGCAAGCAGAUGAUUCAGGUGGUAAAGUGGGCAAAGAUACUUCCAGGAUUUAGAAACUUGCCUCUCGAGGACCAAAUUACUUUAAUUCAGUAUUCGUGGAUGUGUCUGUCAUCGUUUGCCUUGAGUUGGAGAUCAUACAAACAUACAAACAGCCAGUUCCUCUACUUUGCUCCAGACUUGAUUUUUGAUGAGGAACGGAUGCGCCAGUCUGCAAUGUUUGAACUGUGCCAGGGGAUGCAUCAGAUCAGUCUGCAGUUCGUUCGCUUGCAGCUCAGCUUUGAGGAGUACACCAUCAUGAAAGUUCUGCUGCUGCUGAGUACAGUUCCCAAGGAUGGUCUCAAAAGCCAAGCUGCAUUUGAAGAAAUGAGGGCAAAUUACAUUAAAGAACUAAAGAAGAUGGUAACUAAAUGUCCAAGUAACUCUGGGCAAAGCUGGCAGAGAUUCUACCAACUGACUAAACUUCUUGACUCCAUGCAUGAUCUUGUUAGUGACUUGUUGGAAUUCUGUUUCUACACCUUCCGAGAGUCUCAGGCACUGAAAGUAGAGUUUCCAGCCAUGCUGGUGGAAAUCAUCAGUGACCAGCUACCAAAGGUGGAAUCUGGGAAUGCCAAGCCCCUGUACUUUCACAGGAAGUGAUAGAAAAUGUCUUAAACGGAAGAACUUUGCCUUAAGUUUCCCUGUGUUAUUCCACACCCAUGAAGGACCCAAGAAACCAUAUUUUAAACAUGCUAUUUACACUCGUUCUGCAGUCUCUGAAUAGUCUAAAAUCAUAUGAAGGGUUUGGGGAAUGGAAAACAGUUGACUUGGAUUUGGCAAGACCUAGAUGUUUGGAAAUUACCCCAUAACCCUAAAACACUUAGAAAAUGUUCCUGUUCCUCUGGAUGAAAAGCCAUAUCUAGUCAAUAACUCUUUGAUUUUGAUAUUUUAACAGAUGGAGUUUUAAAUAUGCCAUGUAGUUUCUGGUAUCGUUUGCUUGUUUUAAAAGGGUUCAAGAACUAAUGAGAACUUUUUAAAGCUUACCCUUGGUUUGCACAUAAAACGUAAAGUCAAUAUGGGGCAUUAAUAUUCUUUUCUUGUAAAAAAAAAAUAAAAACAAACAAAAACUCUAUAUAUACACAUAUAUACACACACAAAAAAAAAAAACCAACCCUACUGUGUAAAGUAAUAACAGAACAUUUGGUGUGGAAUACUCUGUUAUCCCCACCUGUGGCAUUUGUUAUCCCAUGUUAUCCCGCCCUAGAUGAUAUACACUGUGUUAAGUGUCCAUUUACUAUUUAAUUAAGAAGGAUAAGAUGUGAAAACAAAUGCCCUGGUAUCAAUUUAUAGUAUCUAUUGUGCUGGCUUUACAAAUAAUUUUUUGCAGUCUUUUGCUGUACUGUACAUUGCUGUAUGUAUAAAUUGUGAAGGACCUGAAAUAAGGUGUAAGGAACUUUUGUAAAUGAGACAAACAAAUCUUUAAUGGUUAAUAGGAUGAAUGGGAAAGUAUUUUUGAAAGAACUCUAUUUUGCUGGAGACUAUUUAAGUACUAUCUUUGUCUAAACAAACAAGGUAAUUUUUUUGUAAAGUGAAAUGUUCUGCAUGCAUAAUGAACCGUUUACAGUGUAUUUAAGAAAGGGAAAGCUGUGCCUUUUUUAGCAUCAUAUCUAAUUUACCAUCCUAUAGUAUCUGUUGUAAAUAACUACACUUAACCUUUUCAGUUGUAUUUAAGCCUUUCUAUUCUCCUCCAUAUUUUUCUCUCUUUUGUCUCGCUUGCAAGUGUACGUGAUGAGCACAUCUUGGAAAUCCUGCUCCAUGUUUCUGUAGGAAACGACACUUUUUUGUGUUUGCCACUUACGAAGGUUUCAUUUAACAAGACAAAUUACAGUCUCUCCAAAGCUUUUGCCAGCAUAAUGAUAGCGUGAGUUCCUGCCCUCGACUCCCUUUGUCUCCCAGGAGAGGAGAGGCAGAUAAGCCGUUGAAUGAUUUUGCUAUUUUUAAUUAAUGUUUCCCAAAUUGUGUUUUUUUUUUGUUUGUUUGUUUGUUUUUUUUCCUUCGAAUACUGGAUACAUGGAACAUCUUUGAAGGUCAGAUUAUUAUUUCAGAUUGAGGAGAACGAUUUCUGAUUAUGAGGAAGGGAACAUGCAGAUCACGACAGUAAAAACCAGCAAGAUGGAUGGCAAGGUACCGAUAUGGGCAGAUUAGCAGAGUAGAAUUUUUAGUGGUAAACUCAAAGCGCGUUUAAUUUUGUAUGAAUUUUUGUAAUAAUCAGAACACACGGAAAACUGUUGACGCUACAAGUUCAGCUCGGUCUGAUUUUGUCUCAAAACAUUUUCUCUAGAACGAGACUGUGAACAAAACCUUUUUGAGGUGAUUUACACUAUAUUUCACAAUUUGUAAACGAAUACAAAUUUUGGUGUAGAAUAGAGGACAGAUGAACUUUUCUGAGGCUCAACUGUUGCUACCAUAUGCUAAUUUAAAUAGAAUAGUUUUUUCUGAGUCCUAAUCUGUAGUGUUUUUUCUGGGUGACACUGAUGUUUUUGAGCUAUGAUUUGUCCCUUGACCAGUCAGAAUGUAGCAUUUCUUUGAAACAGUGGUCCAAUAGGAGUUACGUACCCUUUCUGAUUCCAAAUUUUGAGGUGUGCUUUGGUGCACUGAAGACAGUCAGUGCUACUUGUCUUUUUAAAUGACACCUGCCUUAUGCAAUGGGUAACCUGUAAAGACUGUAUUCAGAGAGGUUUUUUAUAUAUAAAUAUAUACAUACAUAUAUUAUUUGCAUUUUGGAAGUCUAAUUCAUAGGCAGAUCUUUAAAUACUGACCUGCACAGCAAUAUGAAAGCCAAACUUCCAGUGUGAGAUACACAGCAUGCAGACUGGUUGUUUACAGUAAAGAAACAGUCAUACAUCCAUCUUUUCACCUUUUUCUUUUUUUUUUUAAUUAAUUUUUUGAGUCUAAAAUAGACAAUUUCAAAGCCAGGUUCUGGGUGAAUACAGUCUGCAGCAGCUUUUUAUAUUAACAAAGUUACUGCCUCCUUUUCUGUCUCAGAGUAACUUUGCUUGAUUAAAAUAGCAAAGCCAUAUUCUACACUUCACUGUUAAAUGCCUGUCCCAGUCCAAAUUGUUGUCUGUUUGCUCCUAUUUUUGUACCUUAUUACUUUUAAUCUUGGUUUGGUACAAUUCAUAAUUCACAGAAACUUCAUAUAAUUAAACACACUAAAUUAGUUUUAAAGAGCAAUUUAUAUCUUUAUGCAAAAACGUAUGUCUGUCUUUGCAAACAACUGUAAGCAGAUUAUAAUAAAUCCUUUACUUUAAUCACCUGUUGUUUAUGAAACCAUUCAUUGAUUAUUAUUUUUUGCUAGAGCUCAUUGAAAUUGGAUAUAGAUGUUGUAAGAGGCAGUAUUCUCUUAUCAAGGACACAAGCAGAAUAGCCAUCACUUUUUUUUCUUACCUAAACCUGCGUACAGCAGAAAACAAAAGCUUUGGUUUUUAGCUACCACGAAGUUAUGGUAUUUUGAAUUUGUUUAGAAUGAAAUAGGCAUUUGUCUCCUGCAAAAUACAAGACAAACGAAAACAUCCUUUAAGAGUGGGCUUCUGUUCACUGAGCUAAAUUAUUUUGUUGUAAGAAAGGACGGGGAUAUACAGCAAGAGCAUUGUAUACCAGUUUAAAAUGUAACAUAGUGUCGAUGUACUGCAGUGGGUAUUUCAGGAAUACUAUGCGCCGUGCAACCAAUAGGUUGCACAAAAUAAAAUAGACUAAAGUUUGCAGUAGCAAAAUCUUAUUAAAACGAUACUUUACAAUCAAUAAUGCAAAAAGCUAAUUCACAGGGUGGUGUUUUUCACUGACUUGUUUAAGCAUUUAUGAGAUUAAACAAUUCUACAGUUAAUGCACUUUUAAUUGUUUAUUAAAGAUUUGACUUUCUUUUUUUAGAGCAAUGUUUUCAGCUGGAGGUCAAUGACUUGAUAAGAUAGACAGCAAGCAGUUCUGAGGCCAGGAAGCUCAGAGGAAUGUUUAAGCACUCUUGGAAUUUAACUAGAUUCCUGGAUGGAAAAAUACAAGCAGCCAGCAGUAUGGUGUAAACAGUAACAUCUAUGCAUAAUGAUGCAUUUAUAAUUAGGGGUUUGCUUCUGUAUGUUUAAAGCUUUUUAAAUAAAUAGAAAAUAUUGUUUGGUCUUUA